UCAACAUCCUCCCGGCACUAAUUCUUCAGUAACUGACAAUCAUGUGAAUGAUUGUGGGGCUGGGAGAGGGAGAAAGCUGCUCCAACAAGAGGGCUGAGUCACAGCAUCACGUGGGAUUCCAGAAACAGCACAUAAAAGGGUCCAAAUUUCACACAUUUUGGACAGAGGACAGAGUGAGCUGCCAGAGAAUCCGAGAACCAGAAAUGGAAACCAGCACAGAGCUCACAACAGGAACCAUCAACCACACAGACAGCAUGCCGUCUGACCUAUCAGAAGCCCUGAAGCUGGCCACAAAGGACUCGCACGAACUGGCCGAGAAUUCGGAGUUCAUGAGAAACUUCCAGAAGGGUCAAGUCACCCGGGAUCAGUUCAAGCUUUUACUGGACUCUCUGUACUUCAUCUACUCGGCCCUGGAAGAGGAGAUCGAGAGGAACAAGGAUCAUCCGGCCUUCGCCCCUCUCUACUUCCCCUCAGAGCUCCACCGGAAGGAAGCCUUGGAGCAGGAUCUGGAAUAUUUCCAUGGGCCGGGCUGGCGGAGCCGCAUCGAGUGCCCAAGGGCCACGGGAAAAUACGUAUCACGGAUCCAGCAGGUCGGGCGUCAGGAGCCUGAGCUGCUGGUGGCCCACUCCUACAUCAGGUACUUGGGGGACCUGUCAGGGGGACAGGUGCUGAAGAAGGUGGCCCAGAAGGCAUUGCAGUUGCCAAGCACAGGCGAAGGGGUCGCCUUCUUCACCUUUGACCGGGUCACCAAUGCCACCAAGUUCAAGCAGCUGUACCGCUCCCGCAUGAACACCCUGGACACCGGGAAAGGGAUAAAAGAAAAGAUCCUGGUAGAGGCAAACCGGGCCUUCCAGCUCAACGUGGAGGUUUUUGCUGAGCUGCAGCAGCUGAGAACUCAGAACCAGAAGCCCGGGAUCAGCAUGCCGUCUGACCUAUCAGAAGCCCUGAAGCUGGCCACAAAGGACUCGCACGAACUGGCCGAGAACUCGGAGUUCAUGAGAAACUUCCAGAAGGGUCAAGUCACCCGGGAUCAGUUCAAGCUUUUACUGGACUCUCUGUACUUCAUCUACUCGGCCCUGGAAGAGGAGAUCGAGAGGAACAAGGAUCAUCCGGCCUUCGCCCCUCUCUACUUCCCCUCAGAGCUCCACCGGAAGGAAGCCUUGGAGCAGGAUCUGGAAUAUUUCCAUGGGCCGGGCUGGCGGAGCCGCAUCGAGUGCCCAAGGGCCACGGGAAAAUACGUAUCACGGAUCCAGCAGGUCGGGCGUCAGGAGCCUGAGCUGCUGGUGGCCCACUCCUACAUCAGGUACUUGGGGGACCUGUCAGGGGGACAGGUGCUGAAGAAGGUGGCCCAGAAGGCAUUGCAGUUGCCAAGCACAGGCGAAGGGGUCGCCUUCUUCACCUUUGACCGGGUCACCAAUGCCACCAAGUUCAAGCAGCUGUACCGCUCCCGCAUGAACACCCUGGACACCGGGAAAGGGAUAAAAGAAAAGAUCCUGGUAGAGGCAAACCGGGCCUUCCAGCUCAACGUGGAGGUUUUUGCUGAGCUGCAGCAGCUGAGAACUCAGAACCAGAAGUCCGGGAUCAGCAUGCCGUCUGACCUAUCAGAAGCCCUGAAGCUGGCCACAAAGGACUCGCACGAACAGGCCGAGAAUUCGGAGUUCAUGAGAAACUUCCAGAAGGGUCAAGUCACCCGGGAUCAGUUCAAGCUUUUACUGGACUCUCUGUACUUCAUCUACUCGGCCCUGGAAGAGGAGAUCGAGAGGAACAAGGAUCAUCCGGCCUUCGCCCCUCUCUACUUCCCCUCAGAGCUCCACCGGAAGGAAGCCUUGGAGCAGGAUCUGGAAUAUUUCCAUGGGCCGGGCUGGCGGAGCCGCAUCGAGUGCCCAAGGGCCACGGGAAAAUACGUAUCACGGAUCCAGCAGGUCGGGCGUCAGGAGCCUGAGCUGCUGGUGGCCCACUCCUACAUCAGGUACUUGGGGGACCUGUCAGGGGGACAGGUGCUGAAGAAGGUGGCCCAGAAGGCAUUGCAGUUGCCAAGCACAGGCGAAGGGGUCGCCUUCUUCACCUUUGACCGGGUCACCAAUGCCACCAAGUUCAAGCAGCUGUACCGCUCCCGCAUGAACACCCUGGACACCGGGAAAGGGAUAAAAGAAAAGAUCCUGGUAGAGGCAAACCGGGCCUUCCAGCUCAACGUGGAGGUUUUUGCUGAGCUGCAGCAGCUGAGAACUCAGAACCAGAAGUCCGGGAUCAGCAUGCCGUCUGACCUAUCAGAAGCCCUGAAGCUGGCCACAAAGGACUCGCACGAACAGGCCGAGAAUUCGGAGUUCAUGAGAAACUUCCAGAAGGGUCAAGUCACCCGGGAUCAGUUCAAGCUUUUACUGGACUCUCUGUACUUCAUCUACUCGGCCCUGGAAGAGGAGAUCGAGAGGAACAAGGGUCAUCCGGCCUUCGCCCCUCUCUACUUCCCCUCAGAGCUCCACCGGAAGGAAGCCUUGGAGCAGGAUCUGGAAUAUUUCCAUGGGCCGGGCUGGCGGAGCCGCAUCGAGUGCCCAAGGGCCACGGGAAAAUACGUAUCACGGAUCCAGCAGGUCGGGCGUCAGGAGCCUGAGCUGCUGGUGGCCCAUUCCUACAUCAGGUACUUGGGGGACCUGUCAGGGGGACAGGUGCUGAAGAAGGUGGCCCAGAAGGCAUUGCAGUUGCCAAGCACAGGCGAAGGGGUCGCCUUCUUCACCUUUGACCGGGUCACCAAUGCCACCAAGUUCAAGCAGCUGUACCGCUCCCGCAUGAACACCCUGGACACCGGGAAAGGGAUAAAAGAAAAGAUCCUGGAAGAGGCAAACCGGGCCUUCCAGCUCAACGUGGAGGUUUUUGCUGAGCUACAGCAGCUGAGAACUCAGAACCAGAAGCCCGGGAUCAGCAUGCCGUCUGACCUAUCAGAAGCCCUGAAGCUGGCCACAAAGGACUCGCACGAACAGGCCGAGAAUUCGGAGUUCAUGAGAAACUUCCAGAAGGGUCAAGUCACCCGGGAUCAGUUCAAGCUUUUACUGGACUCUCUGUACUUCAUCUACUCGGCCCUGGAAGAGGAGAUCGAGAGGAACAAGGGUCAUCCGGCCUUCGCCCCUCUCUACUUCCCCUCAGAGCUCCACCGGAAGGAAGCCUUGGAGCAGGAUCUGGAAUAUUUCCAUGGGCCGGGCUGGCGGAGCCGCAUCGAAUGCCCAAGGGCCACGGGAAAAUACGUAUCACGGAUCCAGCAGGUCGGGCGUCAGGAGCCUGAGCUGCUGGUGGCCCACUCCUACAUCAGGUACUUGGGGGACCUGUCAGGGGGACAGGUGCUGAAGAAGGUGGCCCAGAAGGCAUUGCAGUUGCCAAGCACAGGCGAAGGGGUCGCCUUCUUCACCUUUGACCGGGUCACCAAUGCCACCAAGUUCAAGCAGCUGUACCGCUCCCGCAUGAACACCCUGGACACCGGGAAAGGGAUAAAAGAAAAGAUCCUGGAAGAGGCAAACCGGGCCUUCCAGCUCAACGUGGAGGUUUUCCGUGAACUCCAGGAUUUCUGCUCCAGAUCAGAGAGAAAUGGUACCGUGUACAGCAACGAGACAGAGACCAGGAGGCGAACUGUUGCUCAGGGACCAACAACAGUGACAGGAGCCAAUCAGUAUCUGCCAAAGUCCUCCGAUGAUUCGCUAAUGCACAGCCAAAGCCUGAGGAUUGUUGUGUUGAUUGGUUUAGCUAUGGUGUCCCUUGCUGUUGCAUGUUACCAGUAUGUAUUGUGAGAACUUCAGCAGCAAGAUGGUCUUUGCCCCAUGUCCGUGUUGUCAUACUAACCGAAUUUGGCCAGUUUUUAGCCCCCACCUCAGUACAUUGCUUUCUUGCCUCAGGGCUGGAAUGUUGUGGCUCAAGUCCCACUCCUCAUGACCCUCCAGCACAGUUCUGACGGGGUGCAGCACUGUUGGAGGUGCCAGCUCCUGUUUGAAGUGUUGUACCGAGGUCCCACCUCCAGAGAAGAAGCGCUGGGGAGUUCUCUCUGGUGUUCUGGCCAAUAAUUAUCCCUGAACCAAAGUCAUGCAAGAACAAGCGAUUGACUGUUCAUUGUUACUUUCUUGUGGGAGCAUGUUGUAUGCCAAUUGGCUGCCUUGUUUCCUGCAAGUAACGACUUUUUGAGAAUUACCUGACUGAUUGUGAGGCAAUUCUGGCUGUCCUAGGGUAGUGAAAGGUGCUACAUACUUGCAGAAUCCCUCCCUAAAGCUGCGUGAGGUCCAUGUGGUGUGGGGUGAGAAUAAUCACCAGUUGCCCAACUCCCAUCAGCCUCUCUGUCAGGGUCAAAGGGGAAACGAGAUCCUAGAGGGCAAGGGGAAUGUGUCCCUGUUCCACAGAGGGCUCAGUGCUUGCCAUUUUUCCCUGUUACAUGCAAUGCUGAUCUCUGUGGGUGGAUUCAAAUUACGAAAAAAAAGAGGAAGGCAAUAUGGGAACAGGAAAUGGCUUUUCAGCUUCUGGAGCCUGCUCUACUCAUAGAAUCCCUACAGUGUGGAAGCAGGCUAUUCGGCCCAUCCAUUCCGCACUGACACUCUGAAGAGUAUCCACCCCCCCACCCUAUCCCAGUAACCCUGCAUUCCCCAUGGCUAAUCCACCUAACCCACAGUCCUGGGCACCCUGGGCAACUCAACUACCUGCAUAGUCUUUGGACUGUGGGAGGAAACUGGAGCGCCCAGAGGAAACCCACGCAGACACAGGGAGAAUGUGCAAACUCCUUCCAGGCCGUUGCCCGAAUGUGGAACUGAACCUGGGUCUCUGGCACUGUGAGGCAGCAGUGCUAACCACUGAGCCAUCAUGCUGUCUGUUCAACUCCAUCAUGGCUGCCCUCAAAUUUCAACUGCCUUAGCCCCAUAUCCCUUAAUAAUCCAACCAACCAAAAGACCCGAAACUGACUCCAGGGCAUUUAUUACGUAUUAAUGCCCUUGAGAGAGUGGUGGUGAGCAGUGUUUUGUUUUGGAGCUGCUACAGUCCAUCCGCUGUACGUACACUGAACGAGGAAGGGAGUCCUUAAUCUAGGCACUCCCUUCAGUAAAGAUGUACUUUCUCUUUGUCUAACUUACUGAGUCUUUUUUCAAACUUCAUUGAUCGCAGUUUCAACCAUCUAAACUCAGGAGGACAUCCAUUAAACCUAUGCAGCCCAACCUCAUAAUUUACCCAUUACAGCUCCUCCACCACCAACAAAUAAUCUUAUUGUCGUGAAUCAGUGCCUGCUGGCAGGGCACCCCCCCAAUCGGGUAAAAUGCAGGAUUGGUGCUCCUGCAGUCUUUGGGGCUGUGACCAGGCUUUUGAUCACCUAUCCCAUCCACAUGACCAGCAGUGAGGCCUUCAAAUGUGGGAAGUUCCAGUUUGUGGAAUUUUUGUUCACUCUGCAAACAGCCAUGUGAUUAUGAUCAUGUGAGUGGAAUCAUGCUGUGCUUAAAUAUCCUUCCAUCACAACAAUGACUGUGCUUCAGAUAUGUUUCAUUGCUUGGACAGCACUAAGGGAUGUCUGGUUCAAAGGUGUGAUAAAGAUGCGAUUUCUUUCUAUUUUUGUUAGUUUCUGUACAUACACAUAUGAAUAUAUAUUUGUACAAAUUGUUUCCAACACAUCUCUAACUGGGCAAGUGCCUUUGAAUUAAAAUUG